AUGUCUCACUCCUAUGACAACAUGGCCGUCUCAAAACUGAUGUUUAUUCUGGUGAUUGUAUUUGGAUCAAGCUCAUGGAUGGGUACAAAUUCAAUCUGGAUGCAGCUCCCACUCCUAACUGCGAAUCUACCAGAAGGAUGGGGACUCCCAAGUUUUCUUGCCGCUGUAGUGCAGGUGGCAUGUAUUGGUCCUCUUGUCUACACUAUACUGCACAAAGGUUGUGAAUCUAUAACCAUUCCCACGGUGCCGCUAAUAACAGCAUUUCUUGCACUUGCUUCUUUUUGUGAACUCGGUCUUGUGUUUGCUUGGUGGUGGACGGUACCAAUUGCCGGUCGGGAGUACUCUGUUGCACUUUAUUUGUUGCUAUUCGGGUUGGCUCUCGUUAAUGCUACCUCAAAUGUGCUCUUCAUGCCAUUUAUGGCACAGUUUCACCACGCGUACCUCAACGCCUACUUUGUGGGCAUGGGGUUCAGUUCACUUGUUCCAAGCCUUCUGACGCUUCUUCAAGGUGCUGGAAAUUACGAAUGCGAAGGCGCCGUGCCGCUUUACUUUCCACCACGAUAUAGCGCUUCUUCAUUCUUCUUUAUUAUAUUUUGUUGGACCCUAACAGCAACAGUUUCCUUCGAGGUCUUAUGUAGAAGAGGCGAGCACAAAAACAUAACUUCAAAAAGAACUGGCAGUAGCGCGCAUGAGGCCACUCCA